AUGAAGCUCUUUCAGUUAAAUGGAAUUACGCAUAGUUCUCAGUUUUAUUAUCGGCUAAUUACUCGGUUCACCUUUUCAUCACAGUCUUGGCCCCAGUAUAAACAAGAACUAAAGAAAUACUUUAUAACUGUUCCUUCACUUUCACUAGAUCAAAAGCAGAAGCCAGCUCACCACCGUCUUCUCAAUGGCUGUGAAGAGAAGCGAGCACCAAAACGUAGCUAUCCUGUUGUUGAAGAUGAAGAAGAUGAUGAUUAUAGAGUCAACUACUCCCCUUUAGACACUGGCACAGGUCCAAUGUUGACUGAAAAUCUGAUUAAAGCUUUGCAAGACUUGGAAAAUGCAGCAUCAGGAGAUGCAACAGUUCGGCAGAAGAUUGCAUCGUUGCCUCAAGAAGUGCAAGAUGUUUCACUCUUGGAAAAUAUAGCAGAUAAAGCAGCUGCUGAAAGACUUUCAAAAAUUGUUGAUGAGGCUUGUUUGCUGCUUGCGGAGUAUAAUGGGCGGCUGGCAGCUGAGCUGGAUGACCGGAGACAACUGGCACGAAUGCUGACUGAAUACAUCAGUAGUCAGAAGGAGAUUCUGGGGGAGAAAGAGAAAAAACUAGCAGAAUACAAACAGAAACUGGCUCAAGUAACGCAAGUUCGGAAAGAGCUGAAAUCUCACAUUCAGAAUUUGCCAGACCUUUCAUUGCUUCCAAAUGUUACAGGUGGUUUAGCACCAUUGCCCUCUGCUGGUGACCUUUUCUCUAGUGACUGAACUUGAUAUCCUUUUCUCAGGCGUCAAACCGCAAUACCUCCACUGUGUGUGACAACUUCUUGAAGGCAUGGAUCUAGGAUAUGAUGAGGCCUACGUCAGCAGGGCCAAACCUUUAAGACAUCUGUGUGAAAAUUGCAUUAGAGCUGUAGUAACCCUAACAUGAUGGCUUACAGCAGUUUGAAACGUGGAGGAAAAUAAACACUAUUCAAAGCCACUGCUGUUAACCUGUAAGUUCCAUAUACACAUCAAUUCUGCGCCAGGAGCGAUGGAAACUUUCUUCUCCAAUCAGGAUGUCAAGUGACAUCCUUGUGACAAUGUGAACUAGAUGAGCAAUAUAAAAUGUGCACAUGAGUCCGCAGUACAGAAUAUUUUGAAUGUAGUUGAGUGUAUUAAAAUAUAGUGCUGAUAAUCUAAAAUGAGAAUUGGGCAAGUUGUUGGCACUGUAACAAGAGUGCUGCAUUACCAGGAGUCUUUGUACUGUUCUAGAUUACAAGUUCUUACUGCACCUGAAUGUGACCAGUUAGAUAUCCAGUUUUUCCAAAUUGACAACUCAUUUUGCUCUUUUAAGCACAACAAUUUUAACUUUUUUUUUAAAUGUUCCUCCAAAAGUAAGGGAAAUCUAACUUUAAAAAUGCAUGACAGAUCUUUAACUUGGAGUAAUCAUUCAUUAAUAGUGCCCAUUGUGCCUGAGAGUAGAAGAGGUUUCCCUACUGUAGUAGUUUAUAGUUAGCUGCAGCAUAUUCUUGUAUGCUGGUCCUGUGAGUUUGCAUUGGGAGUGUAGAGCCUAUUCAUACUUGAUUUAAAAAUAGGCAUAUCCAAAUAUUUAAACCAUGUUCAUAUUGAAGGCUGACUUACAGCCAGUAUAUACCAUUGUUUUCCAGUUGGUGCUUGGUAUAUGUCCAACGAUACUGCUUUGCUGUCAGUAGAAGAAAGUGUGGUGCACUUCUGUUACCGUUUUGAGUUUCAAGUGUCUUGUUUAGGUCCAUGACAACUGAAUUUGGUUUUGUACUGUGGACUCAAUUCCAACUCUCCUUCCCCUCAUUAAGGACUAAUUGAGAAACAACCUGCAACAUUUAGACUUGUUUUGCUUGUGUUAAGUUGUUUCAGUUAUUUGAUAACAGAGCAAAAUCAGUGAUUAGGUUGCUUUGUUUAAAAAAAGCAUUCUUUUAAGUAGAUUCAAUUUUUUUCAGAAGUGACAAACUAAAACAUGAUUUUUACCUUGUGCAGAGGGUACUUCACUUUCGAAAAUAUUCCUCAGUUCAAGCUUGAACGUUUUUGUUUAAAGAUUUAUAUUUGUAUUAUUUGACAGCUGUGGGACUGCUUCUAAACUCUAAGACCUUAAUAUGGAAAAGUGUUGACAGUUUGUUCAUGGAAAGAAGUUAGAAGAAACCAAUUUGGUGAAAAGCAUAUGACAAGCAUGGAGAAAAAUUUUCAUUUUUUUUAAACUGGUGUGGGAAAGCCCUUUUGGAUCCUUGCAAAUAUGUGAACUAUUAAGUGAAUUGAACUGGUUAACAGCUUUCAUAUUUAGUGUUUUUAUUUGCUUUCAAUGGAUUUAGUUCCAAUAAGUAGCUGGUUAGGGAUUUUUUUUAAAAACAAAGUAAUUCAGUCAGCCUGCCCAAACACUAUUAAACUGUCUUGGUCUUAUCAAUAUACAUUUCUCUUUUUUUUUGUUUCACUUUUUUGUUUAUUUGUAUGAACAAAUGACAAUUUUAAAAUAGGUUCAACUACAAAGAAAGAGUUGUCUGUUGAUCUGAUAGAAAUUUUAUAAAGUUGUUGCCACACAAGACAGUCGAUCUCUUGACUCGCAAUAGCUAAGGCCCAAAAUUGCUCCCCCAGAAUGGUGAGAUUCACUUUUUGUUACCUUUUAUAUGGGUUAGGAAGAGAAAUUAUCUGAAAGGCACUUCUUUCUGUGCUACUUGAACAACAUUAAUAGUAGAUCAAAUAAAUUACUUGGAAAUGUCUCAUGCAGGGGAUUUCCAGCUACAUGCAAUGAUGAGAAAUGUAAACCUUAAGUUCAUCUGCAGUGAUUCACGGAUGAUGAAACAAGCUUUCUAAAGUUCUAAAUCAGUCUUUGCUUUGUUUACACCUGCCAGUGGCGUGCAAAUGGGAAAUACAGUUUAUCUUAAUGUGGUAUCUACAUUGGGCCUCAGGCUUUUUUGAUGAAAAAUGAUUAAUUCUUUUGAGCUGGUCACACGUUUUGAGGUUCUCUAAAUUUAUAGGAUUUAUCCUCUUAACUGAAAAUUAAGAAACCUUUCUGGGAUAAGAUAACCACCAUUGUAGUCUGUAAGUUUAUAAAUAGCGUAUCUUUCAAAAGAUCAUUAUUUCCUAUACACAAUCAAAUUAUUACCAUUUGUGCUAUGUUGUAGGAGCUAAUGUUUCUUUUAAAGUCAGCAUUACAAGCAUACUACCCUAAUUUGGCAGCCAUUCUAUCCAAACAAUUGCUUGGUAGUUUUGAGGGGAAAGCCAACCUUAAUAUAAGUGGGAAGAUUGACAAUGGUGGUAUUUGUGUUAUGUAUUCUGGCCAAACUAUGUCAUUACCAUAUUUUCAAUAUUGACCAAAUAUAGUAAUGUUGUAAUUUUGCAUCCAUUGUUAACUUAUUAACAGAAAUUUGUUGAUUUCCCAUUAGUUGCACAGUAUUCUCAGGGGAAUUGGAAAGCAAGGCAUUUUUUUGUCUCAAAGCAAUUGCGCUAUGUGCAGUUUGCUUAAUCUGCAACUUUCAUGAUCACCCAGAAACGUCACUGAUACAGGUCAUUCUAGGUCAUGGUACUCAAUGUGGAUUUCCCUUUUCGGACUGGCAUAUGAGACUACAUAGGCCACUUAAGUGCAAUUUAGUUUUGGCUUGUAAUGUAGCAUCCUUCAGAAUAUGCCUUAAAUCAACUCCAUGCAUAAUUUUCAAAUGUCUCCCAAACAUGAGUAUUUCAGGAAACAUUACUUCUAUUUUUUUGUGAAAUUUGUCUGCCUGCAAAUGUAUAGAAAUCUUUGAAUGUAUUUGUAAGAAGCUGAAUAAAAAUAGUAAUAUUGAACAGAA